AUGGCGUCGCUAUAUCGGAUGGCCUGCGGCGCCAGGCGUCUACAGCAUAUUAUCGCAAAGCCAUCGACAUAUACCCGCGCGUUUUCGGCGUCCGCGCUCCGCCGAGCAAACGAGCUCCCGAAUCAACGCACCACCCUGCAACCCGUAGACCCGGAUUUCGCACACCCGGCCGACCCCUACGGCGUCCAACGUCUGCAGAACCAAGAUGGCACCGUCGAGGCCUCGCGCGAGGGCAGCAUAAGCGAUCGUAAAGUCCGUCAUUACACCGUCAAUUUCGGUCCCCAGCACCCCGCUGCUCACGGUGUGCUGCGUUUAAUUCUUGAAUUAAGCGGCGAGGAAAUUAUUCGCGCCGAUCCGCAUGUCGGAUUGCUGCAUCGAGGAACGGAGAAGUUGAUCGAGUAUAAGACAUACCUCCAAGCUUUACCUUACUUCGACCGAUUAGAUUAUGUCUCCAUGAUGACGAAUGAGCAAUGCUACUCGUUGGCGGUUGAGAAGCUAUUGAACGUAGAGAUCCCCGAGCGAGCCAAGUACAUCCGAACAUUAUUCGGCGAGAUUACACGAAUUCUAAACCAUCUUAUGUCUGUUCUAUCACACGCUAUGGAUGUUGGCGCUUUAACGCCUUUCUUAUGGGGUUUUGAGGAACGAGAAAAAUUAAUGGAAUUCUAUGAGCGUGUCUCUGGUGCCCGUCUGCAUGCUGCCUAUGUCCGACCCGGUGGUGUUCAUCAGGAUAUUCCGGUUGGUUUGCUGGAUGAUAUAUACCAGUGGGCAACGCAGUUCGGAGACCGAAUCGAUGAGACCGAGGAGAUGUUAACGGAUAACCGUAUCUGGAUCCAAAGAUUGCAAGGUGUAGGUGUGGUAUCUGCCGAGGAAGCUCUUAACCUUUCCUUCACUGGUGUCAUGCUCCGAGGUUCCGGUGUUCCUUGGGAUGUCCGUAAGAGUCAACCGUAUGAUGCGUACGAUCAGGUCGAGUUUGAUGUCCCUGUUGGUGUCAAUGGCGACUGUUACGAUCGAUAUCUAUGUCGAAUGGAAGAGUUUCGCCAAUCCCUCCGAAUCAUCCACCAAUGCCUCAACAAAAUGCCAGCCGGUCCGGUCCGUGUUGAGGACUACAAAGUCUCUCCUCCCCCGCGAGCAGCCAUGAAAGAGAACAUGGAAUCACUCAUUCACCAUUUCCUUCUAUACACCAAGGGUUACUCUGUACCCCCCGGUGAGACGUAUUCCGCCAUCGAGGCGCCAAAAGGAGAAAUGGGCGUCUAUGUCGUUAGUGAUGGAAGUGAACGACCGUACCGAUGCCAUAUCCGAGCCCCCGGCUUCGCACACUUGGGUGGUUUUGACCACGUCUGCAAGGGACAUCUUCUUGCUGAUGCGGUGGCGGUAAUUGGUACGAUGGAUCUGGUGUUUGGUAGUAGCCUUCGCGAAGAGGCUAAGCACUCCAAAAAAGAAUUGUCCCCCGGCGGCAUGCCAUAG